CUCCAUUUAAACAAACCGACAGAAGCUCCAACUGCGUCCACAGGGUUAUGGCACGGAGUACAAGCUAGCUAGAAAGCCCAAAUCCAGUCCUCGGAAUGACUCCGACGGUGAAAAAGUCUUCUCAGAACGGCUUCAAAGAAGAAGAUACAACCUGCCAGAAUGACUCGGAGACAGAGGAAGAACCUCUGCUCCGAGAGAACCCCAGGCGGUUUGUCAUCUUCCCCAUUCAGUACCCGGACAUCUGGAAGAUGUACAAACAGGCUCAGGCCUCUUUCUGGACGGUGGAGGAGGUCGAUCUAUCCAAAGACUUGCCACACUGGGACCGUUUGAAGCCUGAGGAAAAACACUUUAUCUCUCACGUCCUGGCUUUCUUUGCUGCCAGCGAUGGUAUCGUCAAUGAAAACCUGGUUCAGCGAUUCAGCCAGGAGGUGCAGCUCCCAGAAGCACGAUCCUUCUACAGCUUUCAGAUCCUUAUAGAAACUGUCCACUCAGAGAUGUACAGCAUGCUCAUCAACACUUACAUCAGGGACCUGAAGGAGAGGGACUUUUUGUUUAAUGCCAUUUCCACCAUGCCUUGUGUGAAACGGAAGGCAGACUGGGCUCUCCAGUGGAUAAAUGACAGCAAAUCCACAUUUGGGGAGAGAAUUGUGGCUUUUGCAGCUGUGGAGGGCAUUUUCUUCUCUGGUUCAUUUGCUGCUAUCUACUGGUUAAAGAAGAGGGGCCUAAUGCCUGGACUUACCUACUCCAACGAGCUCAUUAGCAGGGACGAGGGCCUGCACUGUAACUUUGCCUGCCUGCUGUACAGCUACCUGGUGAAAAAGCCAUCAGAGGACAGAGUCAGAGACAUCAUCACCAAAGCUGUCAGCAUUGAACAGGAGUUUCUGACAGAGGCCCUGCCAGUGGAUCUCAUAGGAAUCAACUGUUGUCUCAUGAAGCAGUAUAUCGAGUUUGUGGCUGACCGGCUUCUCACUGAUCUCGGACUGACCAAGUUUUACCAAUCUGAAAAUCCAUUUGACUUCAUGGAGUCCAUCUCGCUAGAGGGGAAAACCAACUUCUUUGAGAAACGCGUGGCAGAGUAUCAAAGAUUCGGAGUCAUGUCGAGCAUGAUGGACGGUGAAUUCACACUAGACGCAGACUUCUGAAACUGAAAUGGCAUGCUACUGUAUAUUUGUUAAAUUUGAUCAGCCUAUUUAUUUAUUUCUAAAUGAGAGGGUUUAAAGUCCUGACAUCAUGUUACAAACUGAAAGCUGUACUCUUUUUGACAUUAGAGAUGAAGAAGUAUUUAACAACCAGUAUUGUUUAUACAUAAAAUGGCUGAGCAGACAGGGCCGUCAGUGCCUGUGCUGAAGCUGUUUCAGAUGGUUUAAAAAAAAAAAAAAAAAGAAUAUAUACUUUGUACUUCUGGUUGCUUGUUUCAAUGCAGAUUGUUCUAAUAUUUUCCCAUUUUAAAGUACAAUAAAAAUGUUUUUGCCAAAUCUGA